AUGCCCUCCGACGCGCACGUUAAGGCAGCUCUGGCUCUCAUCAAGGGUGACGAGUCCAAGGUGCUGGGCUUGACUGUGGGCGACCACAAGAACAUCCAGCCGGGCCAAUAUGUUCCUCGCGGAGACGCCCAGUCGCCUCCCGAGCUCGCCUUCACUGGCCUUGACUCGAGCAAGACCUACCUUGUCGUGAGCCUCGACAUUGACGCGCCUUUCCCGUCGUUCGAUGUCCUCGGGCCCAUCCUGCACUGGAUCCAGCCCGGAGUGAAGGUCACCGAGUCUGGCACCCUCGACACCACUGCUCCCUUCGUCGCCAACUACAUCGGCCCUGCGCCACCUCCCGGUAGCUCGCCUCACCGUUACAUCUUCUUCCUGUACGAAGAGCCAGCUGGUUUCGAGGCCAAGGCCCAUGCUCCUCCCAAUGGCCAGAAGUUGGGUAACUGGAACCGCAUGCGCUACGACUUGGACGCCUGGGCCAAGAAGAUCAACCUCGGCUCCGUUGUGGCCUUCAACUACUUCAACAGCAACUAA